AUGUCGUCAAAGGAGAACUUCUUGGAAGUGCAAAAAGGAACAAUAGCCCUGCUGGGAUUCGAUCUCUUUGGGGAAUCCAGAAAAAUGUGGCUCCGUCCUUACAGAGCAGUGAACGUCUUUGGAAUAGCUACCUUAUUCCCCUUUAUCCUGGCUGCUGUUCUUCACAAUAUUAAGAACGUAAUGUUAAUGGCAGAUGCCAUGGUGGCUCUACUAAUCACGAUUCUAGGACUUUUCAAGUUCAGCAUGAUACUGUACUUGCGAAAGGAUUUUAAAGGACUCAUUGAUAGGUUUCGCUUGGUGAUGGCAAAUGAAUCUGGACAGGGAGAGGAGUAUGCAGAGAUCAUCAGGUCCGCCAAUCAGCAGGAUCAGCGUGUCUGCAGCAUUUUCAGGACCUGUUUCCUCAUCGCCUGGGCCCUCAACAGUGUCCUGCCCUUUGUGCGAAUGGGUCUCAGCUAUUGGUUGACAGGACAUUACGAACCAGAGCUGCCAUUUCCCUGCUUAUUCCCCUGGGACAUUCAUAUUCUAAGGAACUACGCCAUGAGCUUUGUGUUUUGUGCCUUUGCAUCCACUGGCGUGGUUCUGCCAGCCGUCAGCCUGGACACAAUCUUCUGCUCCUUCACCAGUAAUCUCUGCGCCUUUUUCAAGAUAGCCCAGUACAAGGUGUUGCGAUUCAAGGGCUCUACUCUGGAGGAAUCACAGACCACUCUGAAUCGCGUUUUUGCUUUAUACCAAACCAGUCUGAACAUGUGCUCUGAGCUGAAUGAGUGCUACCAGCCUAUCAUUUGUGCCCAGUUCUUUAUAUCCUCCCUGCAGCUCUGUAUGCUGGGCUACCUCUUUUCGAUAACCUUUGCCCAGACAGAGGGUGUGUACUAUGCCUCCUUCAUAGCCACGAUCAUAAUUCAGGCCUACAUCUACUGCUAUUGCGGCGAGAACCUGAAGACGGAGAGUGCCAGCUUCGAGUGGGCCAUCUACGACAGUCCCUGGCAUGAUAGUCUGGGAGCUGGAGGAGCUUCGGCUGCCAUAUGCCGAUCCUUGUUGAUCAGCAUGAUGAGGGCUCAUCGGGGCUUUCGAAUUACUGGAUAUUUUUUCGAGGCUAACAUGGAAGCGUUUUCAUCGAUUGUGCGCACUGCAAUGUCUUAUAUAACAAUGCUAAGGUCCUUCUCCUAA